AUGUUCGGUGCUUCGCUUAUCGCAUUUGUGGCCCUUACUUACUGGCCUGGUGUCUACGGCGAACAAUACCCCGGAAAGGUUCAGGAAAUCCUCAAUGGUCUCCGCAGCGGAAGUACCCAAUUGAUCUUUGAUUCGACCGAUGAAGGACCACAUACGUAUGAGUACAGCCAACCCGAAUCUCCUUGUUUCAUGAAGUGGGCUUCAUGCGAAUGGGUUUACUUCAAACAACGGUUCAAGCUAUCAGCAGCGACUGUCUAUAACUUUACUGUAAUCGCUACAGACUUCGGCAGCACUAGUAGUCCUGACUACAACGCCAAUACCAAUCCAUCCGACAUUAGUCGAAACUCGGCCGUCGCAAAGUUCUCCCUUGUAGAUUCCGACUCUACAACGACAGGCUGGAAAAUUUCGACCAAAGUCUCGGGCGGUUUACAAGGCGGUCCAGCAGCUUUUAAUAUCAAAGUCGAAAACGAUCGCACAGAGGAAAUUCAUGGGGAGCAUACCCAGUCGACUUCAAAUACACAAGAGGAAUGGUAUACAGAGGACUGCCCACUAGGCUUCGACUGUGCUAUUCGCAGGUACCUUUUUUACGUUUCAAUUUCUGGAUCUUGUAACGUCGAGCCUACUAUCAAUUGUGGCGGUGAGGAGGACGCAUGCGAGUACCUAGAUUCGUAUUAUUAUAAGAAUCACCCAUAUAGGUUGGAUUUCAAGCCUGCCUUCGCGUGCGACCAGUUUAAGUAUUACGCUGGGAGACAUUGUGGAAGGCGUGAAUCUUGUACGGUUGAGAAUGUCCAACUGGUGCGAGAUGGUGGUAUGCCAUUGUCACAUGUAUGUUUUAGCAAAACUCCCCAGCAAGGUGCCCACAAGGGGGAGGAUUCAUGCUCACCAAUUACAUCUGGACAUCGAGGUACCGGACGCCGUGCAAUCCGGUUUGGUAGCUAA